AUGUCUCUAGAGACAGCACAUCUUGUGGAGGCAGAGGAGGUGUGCGUGAUAACGGAGCACGGAGAGGUGUGCGUGAAAACGGAGCCUGGAGAGGUGUGCGUGAAAACGGAGCCUGGAGCGGUGUGCGUGAAAACGGAGCCUGGAGCGGUGUGCGUGAAAACGGAGCCUGGAGAGGUGUGCGUGAAAACGGAGCCUGGAGAGGUGUGCGUGAAAACGGAGCACGGAGAGGUGUGCGUGAAAACUGAGCACGGAGAUGUGAGCAUGGAGGAGGAGCGAGAGUGUGAGGCUAGCGUGCUGCGCGGAGUGAGCGCGGCGGCCGCCGAGGCUGGACUGUACGUCGACCAUGAGGUCAAGGACGAGCUCGUGCUGGGCCCCGAGGAGUGGCACCGCCCCAGGGUGCUACCAUUACAAGUGUAUUCGGACGGCAGCGCCGCCCGCGCUAGGGAACAGCUCGCGAUGGUUUGCUCCGUGGUGCUCGAGCGCCUCCGUGACGACGCGACUGUUCACAGUGGAGGCAAACCAUAUGGCUGCGAACACUACCUGGAAAGACACAUGAUAAUACACACUGGGGCCAAGCCAUUUCAAUGUAGCAACUGCGACUACAAGUGCAGGCAGAAAGAACAGUUGCUAUCACACCAGAGGAUACACACCGGAGCUAAGCGUUUUCAGUGUAGCCACUGCGAUUACAAAUGCAAUAGAAAAUCACUCCUAGAAAGACACAUGAUGAUACACACUGGGGCCAAGCCAUUUCAAUGUAGCAACUGCGACUACAGCUGCAGGCAGAAAGGAAGCCUGCUAAGACACCAGAUGACACACACCGGGGCGAAGCCAUUUCGGGUAAAGUCUUUUCAGUGUAGCCACUGCGAUUACAAAUGCAAUCGAAAAUCAGUCCUAGAAAGGCACAUGAUGAUACACACUGGGGCGAAGCCAUUUCAAUGUAGCAACUGCGACUACAAGUGCAGGCAGAAAGAACAGUUGCUAUCACACCAGAGGAUACACACCGGAGCUAAGCGUUUUCAGUGUAGCCACUGCGAUUACAAAUGCAAUCGAAAAUCACUCCUAGAAAGACACAUGAUGAUACACACUGGGUCCAAGCCAUUUCAAUGUAGCAACUGCGACUACAAGUGCAGGCAGAAAGAAAACUUGCUAACACACCAGAGGAUACACACCGGGGCGAAGCCAUUUCAAUGUAGCAACUGCGACUACAGCUGCAGGCAGAAAGGAAGCCUGCUAAGACACCAGAUGACACACACCAGGGCGAAGCCAAUUCGGGUGAAGUCUUUUCAGUGUAGCCACUGCGAUUACAGGUUCAGGCAGAAAGAACACUUGCUAUCGCACCAGAGGAUACACACUGGGGCGAAGCCAUUUCAAUGUAGCAACUGCGACUACAGUUGCAGGCAGAAAGGACACUUGCUAAGACACCAGAUGACACACACAGGGGUAAAGUCUUUUCAGUGUAGUCAGUGCGAUUAUAAAUGCAAUCGAAAAUCAGUCCUAGAAAGACACAUGAUGAUACACACUGGGGAGAAGCCAUUUCACUGUAGCAACUGCGAUUACAAAUGCCGUGAUAAAUCAAGCCUACGAAGGCACCAGAAGACGCAUGCUGGGACGAAGCCUAAUAACGCAGCAAUAGCGACUACAAGUGCAGCCUGA